UGCGCAUCCGCGUCAGUUCCGGGCUGCGUGCGUAGAGGUGCGCCGUGGAUCAACAUCGGACAGCAGCUGUUUUAAUAACAUUUACUCUAUACCUGCCCUGGAGAAUCUGAGCUUCAAUUGACCUUAAAUUCUGACGAUCAAGCUGUAGAUUAUUAAUAAUCACGUAAACACGAAGAAAGAUGAAUUACCUUUUUGGAGUUAUCGGAGGACAACAAACAGGCCCACAACCUACAGGAGCAGAGACAGUUCAGAGGUUGUGUGACCGUGUGGCCUCAUCCACCUUGUUGGAGGAUCGAAGAGAUGCUGUCCGAGCCCUCAAGUCUCUGUCCAAGAAAUACCGUUCGGAGGUGGGAACAAAGGCAAUGGACCAUUUGAUUCAUAUUCUGCAGACUGAUAGCUCAGACACUGAAAUCCUGGGUUAUGCUUUGGACACAUUAUACAAUAUUGUUUGCAAUGAUGAGGAGGAGGAACAAGAUGAUUCUGAAGAGGAGAACCAGCAAAAGCAGGAGGAUGAUAUUGGAGUUCAGUUUACUGACAAGUUCAUCCAAGAACCGGAAAAUAUCACACUUCUCCUUACACUGUUGGAAGAGUUUGACUUUCACGUGCGCUGGCCGGGCGUUAAGCUUCUAACUGCACUUUUGAAAAACCAAUGUGCUCAGGUUCAGGGGAUCAUCCUUGUGAGCCCCAUGGGAGUCUCCAGGUUAAUGGAUCUACUUGCUGACUCAAGAGAAGUAAUCCGAAAUGAUGGUCUCCUGCUGCUUCAGCAGCUAACCAAAGGCAAUGCUGCAAUUCAGAAAAUUGUGGCUUUUGAAAAUGCCUUUGAGAGACUUCUUGAUAUCAUCACAGAGGAGGGUUCAAGUGAUGGAGGUAUUGUGGUGGAGGACUGUCUCUUAUUGUUGCUCAACCUCCUGAAGAACAACAGCUCCAACCAGAAUUUUUUCAAGGAAGGCUCUUAUAUUCAAAGGAUGAAACCUUGGUUUGAGGUGGGGGAUGACAACUCUGGUUGGUCGGCACAGAAGGUCACCAACCUCCAUUUAAUGCUUCAGCUGGUGCGAGUAAUGGUUUCUCCAGUGAACUCUCCAGGGGCAACAGCUAGCUGUCAGAAGGCCAUGUUCCAGUGUGGUCUCCUUCAACAGCUGUGUACCAUCCUCAUGGCUACAGGUGUUCCUGCAGACAUCCUCACAGAGACCAUUAAUACUGUGUCAGAAGUCAUCCGUGGAUCUGAAGUGAAUCAAGAUUACUUUGCAUCUGUUAACGCACCUUCCAAUCCACCAAGGCCUGCAAUUGUGGUUCUCCUCAUGUCUAUGGUGAACGAGAGACAGCCGUUUGUUCUGCGCUGUGCUGUGCUCUACUGUUUCCAGUGCUUCCUGUACAAGAACCAUAAAGGGCAGGGGGAGAUAGUCGCGACACUACUGCCUUCAACUAUAGAUGCUAAUUCUAUCUCAGCGGGACAACUGUUGUGUGGAGGUUUGUUUUCAGCCGACUCUCUGUCAAACUGGUGUGCCGCUGUGGCUCUGGCUCAUGCGCUCCAGGAUAACCUCACCCAGAAAGAACAGCUGCUCCGGGUACAGUUGGCCACCAGUCUGGGCAAGCCACCUGUUUCCCUUCUGCAGCAAUGCACCAAUAUUCUAUCCCAGGGUGAUAAGCUCAGCCGGAGGGGCAGUAGGGUGCAGACGAAAGUGGGACUCUUAAUGCUACUCUGCACUUGGAUCUGCAACUGUCCUAUCGCUGUCAUGCAUUUCCUGCACAACCAAGACAAUGUUCCCUUUCUGACAGGUCAGAUCUCUGAAAAUUUGGGUGAGGAUGAAAGACUGGUUCAGGGUCUGUGUGCGCUGCUGUUGGGGAUUUGUAUUUACUAUAAUGACAACAGCUUAGAGAAUUACACAAAAGAAAAGCUGAAACAGUUGAUUGAGAAGCGCAUAGGGAAGGAAAACUUUGUGGAGAAGCUGGGCUUUAUAACCAAACAUGAAUUGUAUUCCCGUGCUGCCCAGAAACCACAACCAGCCUUUUCUACACCAGAACACAUGAUGUUUGAUCAUGAGUUCACCAAACUUGUCAAAGAGUUAGAAGGUGUGAUCACAAAAGCAGUGCUUAAGUCAAGCGAAGAAGAGAAAAAGGAAGAAGAGGUGAAGAAAACACUAGAACAGCACGACAGCAUUGUCACCCAGUACAAAGAACUGAUCAGAGAACAGGACUCUCAAAUAAAUGAGCUGAAGGAGCAAAUGUCAUCACUAACAACCCAAAAUGAGAAACUGCAGAACACCAUAACACAGCAGCUCUCUCAGAUCCAGCAGCACAAGGACCAGUACAACGUCCUUAAACUCAAACUAGGUAAAGAUAAUCAGCAGACAGGUAAUAAUGCAGAGGGAACCCAUGUGAAUGGCCUGCAGUCAGAAAUGCUAAGCCAGCUCAGAGAACAAAUUGAGGAACUACGCAGACAAAACCAACUACUUCAGACACAACUCACUGAAAAGGACAAUGAAAUUACCAGCCUGAAAGCUGAGGGCAUACCAUCAGGAGAGGGAUCAACUUCGAACAACACAGAAAUGUUGAAGGAGAUGGAGUUGCUGAAAGCUCAGCUGCAGAGCCAAACAGCAGAGAUUUCACAGCUGCAGACUGAAAGACAGGAGCUUCUUAAAAGAUCGGAGACCAUGGCUGCAGUCCAAGCCACUGGAGAAGAUAGUGGUUACUUAGAGAAGAUUGCAGAAUUGGAGAGCAGACUCUCUACUCAGAAUGCUGAAACACAAAAGCUCAAGGGGGAAGUUAAAAGUCUUUCGGAGAGCAAAGAAUCAAUGGAGAAAGAUCUUGCUUCAGCCACGAGCACAGUAGCCAUCUUGCAGGCAGAGAAGGACAAGUUGCAGCAGGAUGUGCAGGAGUCCAAAAAGGAACAAGAUGAUCUUCUCAUGCUCCUUGCUGACCAGGAUCAGAAGAUUCUGUCUCUGAAACAGAGACUCAAGGACUUGGGAGAGACGAUUGAAGAUGAGGAUGACCUGGAUUCAAAGGACCAGUUUGAUGAUGAUGAUGAUGAAGAGGAUGAAGAUGAGGGUGAAGAGGAUGAAGAUGAAUAAAAAGCAGUGACUUAGUGAAAGUGAAUGACUGCUAACAUUAACUUCUCAUUUACAUGCUAGAGAAAAAAAUUGAAGGCCUUGGGACCCUUACAGCUGAUGUUAUGAUUAUCCAAAAAACCUGCAGUACUUUUUUAAUUUUUUUAGAGUUUGCUUCUCAAUGGCAAAGCAAUGCAAGGAUUACAUUUACCUACCUAAUAGAACUGGACCCAUCUAAUUUCAAAAAACUUCAGAUUGCAUCUCUUGACUAAUAUUUUGGAUAAUAAACACAGAGGAACUCUUUCUUUUCAGAUCAAAAUUUCCAGUUUGUAUGUCCUAAUCCGAUACAGAUAUAGAGCAGACACAGAUCUAAAAGAUUCUUUCUGGAUUGCUUUUUGCACUGAUGAUGAAGAAGAGAAAAUAAAGAAAAUAUUUGCUCCUC